CAUAUGUGGGCAGCUCCCGAGCCCAGUAGUGGCGGAGGAGAAAAGAGAGAGCGGCGAAGGGCUGGAAGCGAGUGGCGAUGCAGUCCUCCUUCCUGCUGCCAUGGCCGAGCUCCUCCGAACGCGGUGGCGGCCUCUUCCUCCCUUCCCGGAAUUCCCUCUCCUUCGUCGGCCUCUGGGCCUGGGCCGGCGGCCGGGUUCGGCGAUCCGCCGACCGUGCCGGCCCCGUGGCGGCGGGGACGGGAUCGCUUGGCGGGGAGCAGGACCACUACGCUGUCCUCGGGCUCCCCCGGAGCGCCUCCGCCGCCGACGUCAAGCGAGCUUACCGCCUUCUGGCUAGAAAGUAUCAUCCUGAUGUUAGCAAGGAUUUGCAAGCUGGUGAGAUGUUUAAGAGCAUUCGCUGUGCAUAUGAGGUUCUCUCUGAUGAAGUCUCAAGAGCUCAAUAUGACGUAACACUUAAAUAUCCCAGAUUGACAGGGAGACCGCAGAGUAGAAGAUGGACUCGGUAUCCUGAUUCUGAAGAAAUGAGAAGGAUUUAUAGAUGGGCAGAACUGAAGCAGCGAAUGCAUCAUGAAAAGCAGAAUAGGCAAUAUUCAUGGUAUUAUCAGAAAAAUCCGUAUCAAGAAAACCCAAACCACGAGAGAGGCUCCUUCAGUGAAGUGUUAAGAUUUGCUUUCUUCAUCCUCUUCUUCAUGCAGACAGUUGGAUACCGAGCAUCGCUCACAAUCUGUGGACUAAUGGCAUUGCUGGACAGGCAGUUGGACAUUGGAUACAAGACCGGCUAUAUAAUUGCCUGGAUUUUGGGAGGCCGUGGAGGUAUUUUGCUUACAUUAUGCAUCAAUUUUAGCAGUUGGCUCUGUGGCAAGAACAACAGCAGCCUUGUUGCACUGGUGGUGGUUGCAUUAUGGGUAGGUGCUAACCUCGCAAGAUUUGGCCCCCUUCCUCAAGGUGCAGUGCUUACCCUGUUGUACAUGUCCAUUAAGCUUCAGGUUGAUUUAAAGUAAUGCAAUGUAACUUCUCAUCCUCUCUUUUUUAUGGUGAUUGAUUGGAGUGCAAUACUGCUCUCCAGUGACUCGUCAUAUGAUGUAUAUAUUUCUGAACUCAUUGUGAAAGCUACGAUAUUCGCAAUAGCAAAAUAUAUGACCUUUAUAAGAAUUAA